GUGAAAGGUUCUUGAAGCAGCUGCCGAUUCAUGUAUGCCAUAGCUCACCCCUUCCAUUCUCCUGCCUCUCUCUGUUACUGCCAGCCAUUCAGGCAAGAGGUUCGUAUGCUACACGGGCGGCUCUGGACCUUCCUGCUUCAGACCUUUUAUGCCAUUCGCCACACACAGGGAUGGGAGACACUAUCAACCAAACACAGAGAGAGGAUACUUGCAGAGGCUAUUGACAAAGGAGACAAUCGAAGACUUUGUAAAAAACCAUUAUUCUCUAGCUCACAGUCAAAGGCUGUAAAAUGCUCCACAUCUCUGCCUGAGAGUCCUGUGCACAGGAACCACAGGGUGUCUCAAAACAGAAGUUCUUCCUCUCACUUUGCUACGUCAGCCAUGAAAUCUGAUGCUCUGGGUGCAGUUAAUAAACCAGGAGAUGGUCAAGCAUCCAAAGCAAAGAAUGUGAAGAAAUCAGGAGAUAAGAGUGUAGCAACAAAAGCAAAGACCUCAUCAGCUGCCACACCAAUUGUUAAUGGAACAGGAUCUGCGAGGGCCAAACGAGAUGUAACCAGCACCAACGGCCCCAGAGGUUCUCAUGGAGCGAAAGAGCAGGAAACAAAGCUAAACCCUGGUGCAAGACCUAAAAUCUGUCCCCCAAGCCGUAUAACCACUAGGCAAGCAGCGGCGACAAAGACUCAGAUGACCUCAGCAGGAAAGGGUGGCAAGUCCGCUAGCACCAACCAAACGCAGCUCAGCGCUUCAGCCUCGUCAGACAGCACCUCGCCGGACAACAGAGACAGCAGUCUUCACAAUGAUACUCAGUCCUUUCCAGGCCCACAACCCAAACUUCAGGCCAAGGCAGUGAAGAAAUCUCCUCUGACAAAACCUCCUCAGAAAUCAGAGCCAACAAAGACCAGCAGCAGUCUUACCCAUAAGUCGAGUAUGAGAGACCCCACUAAAGCCAAAGCUGGUCCUCCAGAGAAGCCAGCUGGAGUGAUGAGACCAGACACCAAGGGAAGAGGAACAUCUGACCAUCAUGUCUCAAAGCUGGGAGCUUCUAUGAAAAAGCCAGCUUCUCCCAGGAAAGAAGACAAAAAGGAUGUUCCGAAAUCCUCAGGAACAGAUAAAACUGUCAGUGAUACUUCUAAAAAGAUCACAAAGCCUGCUUCUGCAAAUGGAGUCACAGCUAAGCCUAAACCAGCUAAAGUCUCUUUGACGCCCUUUAAGCUACCUUUAGUAGAAGCUGCCAAGUCUGGUAAAAAGCCAAAGAGUGGUUGUGAAUUAGCCACAGAGAAAGCACCACCAAAACCCACCAAAACUUCUACUGCUGCUUCAUCCAUAGUACCAGAAAGAAAAAAACUGAACUGUAAAAAAGCAGAAUAUAAAACUGAUCUUGGUCCAGUUGAAGGUUCUGAUCAUGUGGAGCAAAAAGACAGGACACAACCAACAAAGCAAGGAGUAGAGACACCUCAUCCUCUGGAAAACAGCCCCCAGCAGAUUCUCCACAAGUCUGAACCAGAUUCAGGAAUCAACGCUAGUCCUGAAGAUGAGGGCAGCGUCACACCAACAGCUGACAACAUCCACCACGUUACGUUUUCUGAUGACUCAUUCAAGCAGACAAACGAGACUAAAGUGAAACCGUUUCAAAGUGGUGGGAUCAGUGGAGGACAAGCUGUCAACGUUAGCUCCCCAAAGGAACACCCAGUAAGCAACCCUUGUAGCACGAGGAGCACCGGCACUCCCCUGGAGGACUCCUGGAGCGGAGUCAACCACCAGGUCAGCCCGCAGUCUGAGACUGGCAGCACACACACCACGUCUUCAGACGACAUCAAGCCCCGCUCCGAGGAUUACGACGCUGGAGGCUCUCAGGAUGACGACUGCUCCAACGAUAGGGGCGUGUCCAAGUGCGGCACCAUGCUCUGCCACGACUUCCUGGGUCACAGCAGCAGCGAUACCAGUACCCCAGAGGAGUUGAAGAUGUAUGAAUGUGGGGCUGGCUUGAGAGUGGAGGUGCGGCUUCGUAGCAAAGAGGCAGAAACCACAAGCGAGGAGGAAGGAGGACGAUGGCGUCCUCCAUCUUGGUUGCAAAGAGAGGAUGUUCCAAUAAAGGAGUACAAAGAAGAUGAGGUCCCUGCAACUAGAAAGUCCAUUCCUGACCGCCAGCCUUUGUCUUCUGAGGAGGAGGAAGUUGAUGACAAUGAAGAGGAGACAGAAGACGAGAGGUCUGAAGUUGAAGUGAUUCCAGGUGAGGCUUCGCUGCAACCAGCCGAGCCGUCGCCGCACUUUCAGGGGAUCAUCAAUCUAGCAUUUGACGACGGCGCAGACCAGGAGGAUGAGCAGCCCGACUACCAGCCGUCCAACUUCCGUCGGUCCGUGUUGCUCUCGGUCGACGAGUGUGAGGAGCUGGUCUCAGAAGAAGGCGGUGCCCAAACGCCGCCUCCUCAACAUCCAGACGGAGCUGUAACUCCCUGUGUUUUCGAGUGCGACUCUCCUACACCUCUGUUCAGUUCCAGUGACAAACAGGACCACCUGCCCCGCCCUCUCCAAGCCACCAAUCCAAAGUACGAUACUCUGAAGGAGGAACUCAAAAAACAGUCUGUGUUCCUCACGGAGAUCCUUGAUCCAGCGCAGGAGAGUAAUUGUAUCCAGGCAGACGAGGUGAACUCAGACACCAGAGACCAGCCUCCCCUGGAGCGCCCGAGCCACCUGGAGCGCCCGAGCCACCUGGAUCUGCGGCACGCUGAACAGUACAAUGGAGCAAUGACCAAAGCUCAUCCUGAACCCUCAGAAAGCAAGAAAGUUGAUUUGCACCUUGACCUAAAUGAGCCUCAGCUGACAGGGGGCUCUCCUGUACCCGCUACACAGUCUCCGCCAGGCGACAAUGAUUGUGUCAGAUUGGAUCAAACCAGCAAUCCUGAGCGCCGGCCAUCUAAAGUCCUCUCUCCCAUUUACGAGACGGACAUCGGAGAAGCAUUUGAGUGCUGCUCAGACAAGGACAGCAGUGGUAAGCAACAGGCGGAUGAAGACAAACUGAAAGACCAGGACAGAAACAGUGAGUUUGUGAAGCGAGACUGGAGUCUGCUGCGGCAGCUUCUCUCAGAUCACAAGUCCAACCUGGGCGUCAUAAACCCUGUGCCCGAGGAGCUCAACCUGGCCCAGUACCUCAUCAAGCAGACCCUGUCUUUGUCUCGUGACUACCUGGACUCGCAGGCCUUUCUGUCACCAGAGGGAGAGACGUUUAAACGAUGGGCCGAGCUGAUCUCCCCCAUGGAUGACUCCUCUACCAGCAUCACAGUAACCAGCUUUUCUCCAGAAGAUGCUGCAUCUCCACAGGGAGAGUGGACCAUAGUGGAGCUGGAAACACAUCACUGAC